AUUGCACGCGCGGCAGGAAUGUAAGAACUUAGCCAUGUAAAUCAAAAUGCAAUAAUUUAUAAAUUAGUUUUUUUAAAACAAAUCUUACCUGAAAACCCUAACCCUAGCUCUUGAUUUACUGUUGAACUAACUCUUCAAUACAAAAAUGGAAAAUCGAAGAAAAAUACUGUAGAUUGUAUUUGGAAUCACCGUCAAUGUUCACAAAACCCACCGUCUGACCCAUAAACGGCAAGAUCCCCCACAUAUCCAUUUCAUCAAACACUAUCAGAAGAUUCAGAAUACAAAUUUCUGAGCCCCCAAUACCUGUUUCGAUCAAUACCCAUUUUCCUCUGACGAUACAACAUUCAGUUUAGCUGAAAAUUUUUGGUCCUUUUGGACUUGAUUGACGACCAUAUGCUCAAUCAUCGAAGCCAGAUCGACGGCAACAAACAGCAGAAUUGGUGUUUCUUACCAUGGGAGCUGAGAAGAAAUGGCUAUUCACUCUUUUCUCGGCGACAUUCUUCUCUCUUCUCCUUCUAGUAUUCUGCUCCAUCUCGACUUUCGGCUUCCCCAAGCCCUUCCCUUCUAUGAUAUACCAUGGGUCUCACUACCCGCCCUCUUUCGCGUACUACAUAUUCGGUGGUCAUGGAGAUAAGGACCGGAUCCUGAGGUUACUGCUCGCGGUGUAUCACCCGAGGAACCACUACUUGUUGCACUUAGAUGUGGAUGCGUCCGAUGAUGAGAGGCAUAAGCUGGUUGCGGCUGUGAAGGCUGUGCCCGUCAUUAGGAGUUUUGGGAAUGUGGAUGUUGUGGGAAAGCCUGAUCGGAUUACUUACAUGGGAGCCUCCAAUAUUGCAGCGAUAUUGCACGCCGUGUCAAUUUUGUUGAAGUUGGAUAGCGGCUGGAACUGGUUUAUUACAUUGAGCGCGUCAGAUUAUCCAUUGAUCACACAAGACGACCUAUCCUAUGUGUUCUCUUCUUUUGGAAGAGACCUCAAUUUUAUUGACCACUCCAGUGACCUUGGAUGGAAAGAAGCUCAUCGGUUCCAGCCUAUUGUAGUUGACCCUGGGCUAUACCUUGCCAGAAGGAGCCAAAUAUUCCAUGCUACUGAGAAACGGCCAAUGCCUGAAGCUUUUAAGAUAUUCACAGGUUCUCAAUGGGUCAUCCUGAGCCGAUCCUUUCUUGAAUAUUGCAUUCUUGGCUGGGAUAACCUUCCCAGGGUCCUCCUUAUGUAUUUUAACAACGUAAUUAUGUCUCAAGAAAGUUAUUUCCAUUCCAUCAUCUGCAAUUCGCCCGAAUAUCAGAACACAACUGUUAACAGUGAUCUGAGAUAUAUGAUUUGGGACAAUCCUCCCAAGAUGGAACCCCACUUUCUCAACAUAUCUGAUUAUGUUGAAAUGGUUCAAAGUGGAGCUGCUUUUGCGAGACAGUUUAAGAAGAAUGACCCUGUAUUGGACGUGAUUGAUGACAAGAUCCUCAAGCGUGGAAAGCACAGAGUGGUACCAGGGGCGUGGUGUGCAGGCCGGAAGAGCUGGUGGAUGGAUCCUUGCACGCAAUGGGGGGAUGUUAAUGUUUUAAAGCCUGGGCCUCAGGGGAAGAAGUUUGAGGAGGUCAUUGCAAACCUUAUCGAGGACUGGAAUUCACAAUCAAAUCAGUGCAAGUGAAAGUAUAUUAAAGUAUGAUCUAUCUAGAUUCUUGCAAUUUCGCCUGUGAAUUCUUACUGGUGCAGAAAGCCUAGCAUUACUACGGAUACAUUCUUUGUCGUCAGGGCCCCUUUUUGGGGGGCUUUUCCAGUCAUAGGUUAUGGUAACAUUUAUACAGGCCAGAGUGAGGUUUAUGCGAGGAGCAGACACGAAGGGGAAACAAGUGAAUUCACUUGGGUUUUGCAUCCACGGUGUUGCUUGUAACCUAGUAUUUAUUGUAAAGCACGCCCACGAGGAUCGGAUCAAGAAGCUUUGCCCCUUUUGAGCUGCCAUUGGCAUACUGUAGUGUUGUAUGUUCAACCUCUGUUGUUUAACACUCUUUGAAAGUUUGAAUGUCGAAACUGAACUCAUUCAUUGA